AAUGGAGGGGGAGGGGCAACACUAACCAGGUCAUCCAGGCUCAUGAGAGGAGGCGGGACGGUGAAAGUGAAAGUGUUCAGUUAGUAAAGAGUCCAUUUUAAAUUGACAGCACCAGAGAACUAAAGAGUGAAGCGGGACUGACUUCAGAUCAGAACAUGGACGUGUGUUUAGAGGACGGAGCAGAGUCUCCUGAACCCAGCUGUCUGUCUCUGAAGAGUGAUCGGUCCAAAGGUCGUUAUAUGAACUUCAGAAACGAACCUUUACCUUCAGCCAUAAAAUUUGAGUCGAGCAGACAGAGAGCAGAGUCUCCUGUACCCAGCUGUCUGUCUAUGAAGAGUGAUCAGUCCAAAGAUGAUCCCAUAUGCUUCAGUAAUGAACCUGGACCCUCAGACACAAAGGGGACGAAGAGGACUCAUGUUAUAGAGGAGCAGCCGUCCUGUCCUGUGUGUCAGGACGUCCUGAAGGAUCCCGUCAUUACCAGCUGUGGACACUGGUUCUGCAGACAGUGCAUCACCUCAUACUGGGACCAGUCCGGUUCACCAGGAGACUCGUCCUGUCCUCAGUGUGGAGAAAGAUCCAGAACAGGACCUGGAAAGCAGCCAGUCAGUCAGAGCAGCACUGAACAAAUAGAUAGAGGUCUGCAGGAGGUUUUAGAUGAACAUAAGGUCAGUCUGAGGAGGAGAUGUGAAUGUGUGACUGAAGGAAGUGAUGAAACAGGAAGUAGAACCCUCCUCAACAGUAUCUACACUGAGCUCUACAUCACAGAGGGACAGAGUGAAGAGGUGAACACCCAACAUGAGGUGAGACAGAUUGAGACAGGCUCUAAAAAGAAGACCCUCCGUGAGAUUACAAUCCAGUGCCAGGACAUCUUUAAAGCCUUAACCGGCCAACAGAAACCAAAGACAGGAGCUCAACCUAACCAACAGAAACCCAUCAGAGUGGUUCUGACAAACGGCGUCGCUGGUGUUGGAAAAACCUUCUCAGUGCAGAAGUUCACUCUGGACUGGGCAGAGGGCUCAGAGAACCAAAACGUCAGUCUGGUGAUCCUGCUUUCAUUCAGGGAGCUGAACUUGAUCAGAGAUAAGCGGUACAGUCUUCUUGAGCUGCUCCAUGUUUUCCAUCCAACAUUACAGAAGGUCACAGCAGAGACGCUCGCUGUCUGUAAACUGUUGUUCAUCUUUGACGGCCUGGAUGAAAGCAGACUGUCAUUGGACUUCAAAAACAGGGAGGUUGUGUCUGACAUCAAACAGAAGUCAUCGUUAAACACACUGUUGACAAACCUCAUCAAGGGGAAUCUGCUUCCCUCAGCUCUCAUCUGGAUAACUUCUCGACCUGCAGCAGCCAAUCAGAUCCCUCCUUCAUGUGUUCACAGGGUAACAGAAGUACGAGGCUUCACUGACGCCCAAAAGGAGGAGUACUUCAGGAGAAGGUUCAGUGAUGAUGAAGAUCUGUCCAGCAGAAUCAUCUCACACAUCAAGACAUCCAGGAGCCUCCACAUCAUGUGUCUGAUCCCGGUCUUCUGCUGGAUCACUGCCACAGUUCUGGAGCACAUGAUGAGCACAGAGCAGAGAGGAGAGCUGCCCAAGACCCUGACUGACAUGUACUCACACUUCCUGCUGGUUCAGACAAAGAGGAAGAAGCACAAGUAUGAUGAGGGACGUGAGAUGAGUCCACAUGAGCUGAUGGAGGCUGACAGGGACGUUCUUCUGAAGCUGGGGAGGCUGGCAUUUGAACAACUGGAGGACGGAAACAUCAUGUUCUACCAAGAAGACCUGGAGCGGUGUGGCCUGGAUGUCACAGAGGCCUCUGUGUACUCAGGAGUUUGUACAGAGAUCUUCAAAACAGAGUGUGUGAUCUUCCAGAAAACAGUCUACUGCUUUGUUCAUCUGAGCGUUCAGGAGUUUCUGGCUGCAGUGUACAUGUUCCACUGUUUCACCAACAGGAACACAACAGUUCUGAAGGCUUUUCUGGAAGAAAAAGAAUUGAAAAGAUAUUCAAUCAAGGAUAUUCUCCAAAAUCAACCCAUGAUGAAAUCUAGGAGGUCAGUUACGGAUUCUCUGGAGCAAGAUUACGAUGACAGGAACGACGACUUCCCCGAAGACGACUACCGUGAAGAAGACUUCCGCGAAGACGACUUCCCCGAAGACGACUACCGUGAAGAAGACUUCCGCGAAGACGACUUCCCCGAAGACGACUACCGUGAAGAAGAUUUCCGCGAAGACGACUUCCCCGAAGACGACUACCGUGAAGAAGAUUUCCGCGAAGACGACUUCCCCGAAGACGACUACCGUGAAGAAGACUUCCGCGAAGACGACUUCCCCGAAGACGACUACCGUGAAGAAGAUUUCCGCGAAGACGACUUCCCCGAAGACGACUACCGUGAAGAAGACUUCCGCGAAGACGACUUCCCCGAAAACGACUACAACGACUACGGCAACAGCAAAGACUACGGCAAAAACGACAACGUCAGCAAAGGUGACAAUGGCGGCAAAGACGGCAGCGAUGACUACACUUCUUUAAAAGUCUUUCUCGGUAGAGCCAUGGAGAAAUCCCUGAAAAGUAAAAAUGGUCACCUGGACCUGUUUGUUCGCUUCCUUCAUGGACUGUCUCUGAAGUCAAACCAGAGACUCGUAGGAGGCCUGCUGGGUCAGACAGACAACAGUCCAGAAAUUAUCCAAGGAGUCAUCAACAACCUGAAGGAGAAGAACAGUAGAGAUAUCUCUCCUGACAGAAGCAUCAACAUCUUCCACUGUCUGACUGAGAUGAACGACCUCUCAGUGCAUCUGGAGAUCCAAGAGUUCCUGAAGUCAGAGAACAGAUUAGAGAAGGAACUCUCUGAGAUCCACUGCUCUGCUCUGGCCUACAUGCUGCAGAUGUCCGAGGAGGUUCUGGAUGAGUUGGACCUGAAGAAGUACAAGACAUCAGACCAGGGACGAUUGAGACUAAUUCCAGCUGUGAGGAACUGCAGGAUGGCAAAACUUUCUGGCUGUGGACUCUCAGAGACUCACUGUGACAUCAUGGCCUCAGCUUUGAAGUCCAACCCCUCCCAUCUCAGAGAGCUGGACAUGAGUCUGAACAACGACCUGAAGGAUUCAGUAGUGAAGCUAUUGGCUGGACUGGAGAGUCCAAACUGCAGACUGGAUACUCUGAGAUUGAAGUACUGCAGUUUGUCAGAGAUCAGCUGUUCUUCUCUGGCCUCAGCUCUGAAGUCCAACCCCUCACAUCUCAGAAAGCUGGACCUGAGCGACAACAAGAAGCUGCAGGAUUCAGGAGUGAAGCUGCUGUGUGAUUAUCUGCAGAGUCCAAACUGCAGACUGAAGACUCUGAGAUUGAGUGAGUGCAGUUUGUCAGAGAUCAGCUGUUCUUCUCUGGCCUCAGCUCUGAAGUCCAACCCCUCCCAUCUCAGAGAGCUGGACCUGAGUGGGAACGAGAAGCUGCAGGAUUCAGGAGUGAAGCUGCUGAGUGAUUAUCUGCAGAGUCCAAACUGCAGACUGGAGACUCUGAGAUUGAGGGGCUGCAGUUUGUCAGCGGUCAGCUGUUCUUCUCUGGCCUCAGCUCUGAAGUCCAACCCCUCCCAUCUCAAAGAGCUGGACCUGAGAGGGAACAACAAGUUGCAGGAUUCAGAUGUGAAGCUGCUGAGUGAUCUUGAGAAGAAUCCAAACUAUCGACUGGAGACUCUGAGCUUGCGAUGGUGAUCUCUGUCGUAAUGUGAGCGAUAAGGACGCUGGUGGUGCAGAGAGGAGCAGCUGUGUCCUGGUGAUCCACAGAGGAUGAACCUCCACCAUCUUGUGGGUGGAGAAGCUCUGAAAGCUGAGGAGAGCUUCAUCCAUCAGGGACUGACAGAGGAAUGGAAGGUCAAACAUGAAACAGCUAGUAGAAAUGUUAAGGGAUCAAACUCUACCAAGAAAUGCUGCAGUUAUUCUUCUCGUGAUGAUUAUUUUGAUUCUAUUUCUUACAAAAAGUACAAACCAGAACUUGAUCAUAUGUAACAUGUAUUAAAAUAAUAUUCUCUUUAUAGCCUCUUUAAAACAUGCCCUGCACUCCUAAAAUGUCCUGACCUCAUCAGGCUGAGCUGCAUGUGUGAACAGGAAGUGUCCUUUCACACUAAUUAUCAACACACUACGUGUUGGCUCCGGAAUUUGUGUUUGACUCUAGUGGUUAAAAAAACUGUGUUUAUACAUUUCUCUUCUGGUCGACAUCGUGCAUCAACUGCAUGAGAUGUUAAGAUCAAUGGUCGCUCAAUGUGUCAGGUUUCUGAGGUCACAUAUCGAGGUCUACUGCUGGAUUCUUGUCUGACAUUCCAGUUAGUCAGAGGAAUACUCCCGGUUUCACCAUUAUCACCAUUAUUUUACAUGAAUUUCACAUUACAAACAUUUAUAAAAUCACACUAAACAGUAAAUAGACUUGAGCUUCUUUUCCUGUUGAGAGACGACCGACUCUACCGCUGAACCACAGCCAUCUCUCCCUUCUGAAUCUGAAGCUUUGUGAAAAAUAUAUCUAGUUGGCUUUUUUCACUUAAACUGUCGCUGCCUUUUGAAGCAUGAAUGAUAAUUGAACAGUGAUAAUAAAACAUAAUGAACUUCAGAA